AUGCCUCUCGAAAAUCGACCGCGACUUCCCCACGUAGCGUCAAUGCUGGUGACCUAUUUGGAAGCCAGCCGGGACCUUUGCGAGACGGACUCAAUUCUUUUUGGCGCCGCAGUGGCAGUAUGCCGUAUUAUUGGUUCCAAACUUUCCAUGGCUGGACGUGCUACUCAACAAGGUAGUGCCAUCCCAGCCUGGAGAAAAAGAAUCGAGGACCGUAUCGCAAAGGCAAGGGCCCUUAUCGGCAGACUGAAAAGCUUCAGGUCGGGUAAUAAUAGACCGAGAGUUGUGUGCACCGUUAAAAUGGCGUUUGCUGGGACAAGUAUUAGUUUGUCCCAGCCUGAUAUCACGCAGAAACGAACGGAGCGCAUAGAUGACCUGAAGCAAAAAAAUCGCUGCUUGAGGGAAGCGGAUUCGACGAUUUAG